AUGUCUCACGCCCCAAAACGAGCCUGCGAUCAAUGUCACACACUGAAAGAAAAGUGCCGACGGCCGAGUGCAACAACCUCGUGCGAGCGAUGUGACCGAUUAAAUCAAACCUGCAAAACGACACGAAACGUCGCAAAACCCGGACGGAUACCACGCGUCGCAAGAAAACUAUCCUAUAAUCUUCCAACCAGCUUGGGCUCAGUUUCCCACAACGCAAAGACACUCGACCUAUUUUCAUCUCAAAACACACCCUAUCCCCGUUUAUACCUCCCGUUCGACAAAGGACUAUCCAGCAACCCAGCCCUGUUCCCGGAACUAGACCAGUCGGAAAGACACUUCCUCAAUCUGAUGAAAGACAUUGUCGCACCAUCUCCACUACACAAAUACCUAAUCGGGCCGAGCUUCCACGAGGAACACCACCAUUUGUUUGUGCAGAACCUGCUUCGACCCGCACCUACGCCUAUAUUGAAAGACGCCACACUCGCCUGUACUGCCGUGCUUCUCGGAGAGCAAUAUGGGCAAUACACCAAGACAAGUGUUGAAGUCGGACAUCGACGAGCGGCGCUGGCUGUUUCAGGGUUGCGGUCGUUGCAGAUAUACAAGGAGCAGGAUUUGGUCACUGCGCUUGUAGUUGGCGUGUCUAUGGUGACGUUUGCUAUGCAUGUUGCCGAUGGCCAGUCAUUUCUUAUAUCGCGUUAUACGUUGACGCUUGUCAAGCCCGCUUAUAGGACUCUCUUGGAUAUGGAUUCUGGUAUUAUGGAUUUCUUGAUGUGUUUGGUUAGUACGGAGACUUUUGAAUGUCUGCUGAAGUCUGAGUUGCCGACUAUCCGAAUCGGUGAACACGAUCGCCACAAUGUUGUUGAUCGGUAUCUUGGGCUUAGUUCGUCGCUUUUUGCUCAUUUCUAUGAUAUCUGUGAGGCUGGUCAUUUGAUAAAACUUACUGGUGGGAGAAUGGAUAGUGAGAUGGUGGAACGAUUGGACACGAUACAAGGCUCCCUGGCGCGAUGGCAACCAUCGCCAUCACCGGAAACUCUUGAAAGAUUUAUUCAGUCUGAGAUCGUUGGGAUGCUCGCUCAGGCUGAGAUCCUCCGUCUUGCGGCUUUACUUAUUGUACAUCGGAUACGUCAUCCCUCUAGGCAACGCGAUAAGGAAGCUCUGCAGCUAUCCAGCGCCAUUAUCGCGAAGAUCGAUAAGGUAUUACAAGAAACAGGGCGUUCAAUACCAUGCACGGCAUUUCCCUAUAUGGUUGCAUGUUUUGAGGUUGCCGGGACUGAAGCGCGAGCAGCGGUGAUUAGCAAGAUUCAUGAAGUCGUGACAUUCUCCCGGCAAUGGCAGCUUCAAGUGGCGCGCUCCUUGUCGUCGGUAUGGAAUGCGAGGGACCGCGGAGAUCAGAUCUACUGGUUCAAUCUAGGUGACUACAUACGCAUGAACACACAUGGUCUAGUCUAA